CUGCAUUCGACCGCCUCUUCCGCAUCUCCCGAGCCGCUCGUCAGCUGCUUCGUCUCGGUCGUCGUAGCCUAAGCGCCCUGUUGUUGUCGUCCGCUACUCCUGCAAUGGGCUCUUGAAACCGAGUUGCUGAAAUUUUUAUCUCUGCAACAUGCUUUGCCAGUUUUCUAAGAUUGGAGCAGCCACAAGGGGCCGUGUGCUAGAGAAUGGGGUCCCUUACUGCCUUUCUGUUGGCAGUGGCUAUAACAGGAAGGCAGUGAGCAACAAACCAUCUCUGUACAGAGGGUUGCCUUCUGAUGUAAGAUUUGCUUCAAGCUUACCUACUCAGGCACAGGUUGUUAUAUGUGGCGCUGGAGUGGUAGGAAACAGUAUUGCAUAUCAUUUAACUCGAGAAGGAUGGACAGAUGUUAUUGUUUUAGACCAGAAUGAGAUAGGGUCUGGCACUUCCCAUAGUGGAUCUGGUGUACUUGGCUUGUUUAAACCAUCAUCAGAAAGGCAAAUUGUUACAUAUUCUGUCAAUUUAAUUAAGACCCUCCAAGAGCAGGGCCAUAAUUUGGGCUUCAAGCAGUGUGGCAGUUUGAACCUUGCUCAGACUAGGGACAGAGCAGUUGCACUGAAACGAAGACUUGCAUACACAAAGCCUUCUGGACUGGAAUGCGAGUGGUUAGACAGACAUGAAAUCAAGCGAUUACAUCCACACCUCUACACUGGAGACUUGGAAGGCGGAGUCUGGGUGCCAGAUGAUGCAGUGGCAAAUCCUUCUGCAGUAUGUUCGACUUUGGCAAUGCUAGCUCAGAUGCAAGGAGCUUUCUACAUGGAAGGAUGUUCUGUUCUACGUGUUAUAACAGAUGAAAUACCCCACUCACAAAUUGUUCCAAAAGUUACACAGAUUGUUACUUCUCAUGGAAACAUACAUUGUGAAUACUUUGUUAAUGCAUCUGGAAUGUGGGCCCGCAAUUUAGGAGAAAAGAGUUCUCCUAAAGUUCGAGUUCCUGCUUUCCCAGCUGAGCAUUUCUACCUACACACAGAGAAAGUAAUGGAAGCAUUAGAUGCCUUACCAGUCGUCCGUGAUUAUGAUUCACAUACGUUCUGCCUGACACGUAAUCAGGAGUUUGUGGUUGGAGGAUUUGAAAAAGAUGCAAAGCCAGCCUUUGGUUCUGGCAUACCAUGCAACUGGAGAGAGACGCUGGAAGGAGAUGAUGAGCAUUUUAGAACUAUUCGGGAGGCAGCAGAGCACAGAUUUCCUGUUCUAAAAGAAUCUCAGUACAAGCCUCUUAUCAAUGCUCCUGAUAACUUUACUCCUGAUGGAAAAUGGAUUCUAGGAGAAACACCUGAGAUUGACAAUUAUUUUGUAGCAGUAGGAAUGAAUGGUAACAGCUUACAAGGUGCAGGUGGGGCAGGCCAAGCUAUAGCUGAAUGGAUAAUGUAUGGCUCAUUAUCCAAGGAGAUGUUGCCAUUUGAUGUUAGACGCUUUGUUGAUCUUCACAAUAACAGACGUUACCUCAAGGAGAGGACCCGUGAAGUUGUUGGGAGGCACUAUGAUAUCUUAUACCCUGGCCAGUGUGAAUAUAAAUAUGCCAGAAAGCUGAGAUGUUCCCCAAUAAAUAGUGAGCAAGAAGCACGAGGCGCAGUUUUUGGGACACGAAUGGGAUUUGAACGUCCUCUCUAUUUUGAUAUUACACAUAAGAGAGGAGACCCACCAGCACAGAUGCCAGAAGGGACUUUUGGAAAGCCAUCAUUUAUUGACUGUGUUCGUGAAGAGUACCAUGCUUGUCGUGAAGGGGUUGGUGUAAUAGAUCUCUCCUCUUUUACAAAGAUUGAAAUUACGUCUGUCGGCUUUGAUAAGUACAGGCAGUUUGAUGCUGAGGAAACAAAGAGUGCAGCUGACAGUUUAUAUAGGUCAAAGUCAGCAGGGAAUCAGGUAGUUGAAUACAUGCAGAAGUUGUCCUGCAAUGACGUGAAUAUGCCAGUGGGUGGAGUGAUUCACACAGGCAUGCUCAAUGAACGGGGUGGCUAUGAAAAUGACUGUCUUCUUAUAAGGAGAGCAGAUAACAGGUACUUGAUGUUAGCACCAACAACCCAGCAAACUCGUAUCAUGGAUUGGAUGAGAAGACAGAUUACUGCAGAGGCUUGUGUUUCAGUGUCAGAUAUAACGUCCAUGUACACAGUACUUUGUGUUGUUGGGCCGAAGUCAAAGGAAAUGUUGUCACUUAUGUGCAACACAGACCUCAACUUUUAUGGCCACAUGGCUAAGGAAAUUAAUAUUGCCUAUGCUUCUGGAGUGAUAGUUUUGUCAUUUACUCAAGUUGGAGAACCAGGAUAUACGUUACUCAUUCCAUCAGAGUACACUCUUCAUAUAUACAGUCAAUUGAUGAAGAUUGGACAUGAUUAUGGAAUCCGAAAUGUAGGUAUGAUGACAAUGAGGGCAUUACGAGUUGAGAAAUUCAUUCCAUUUUGGGCUGAAGAACUAGAUUCUACUGUAACUCCGUAUGAAGCUGGACGUGGAUAUAAGGUCAAGCUUAAUAAAGAAUAUUUUAUCGGCAAAUUUGCUCUAAUGAGACAAGCAAAUCAAGGUAUAUCCAAACGAUUAGUUCACUUCACUUUGGAAGACACCUUUGACCCUGAUGAGGACACCUGGCCAUGGGGAGGUGAACCUAUCUAUCGCAAUAACAUCUAUGUGGGGAACACAACAUCUACUGCAUUUGGAUUCACUUUAAACAAGAUGGUGUGCUUGGGUUGGGUAAAGCACCGAGACGGAAGAGUGAUGUCUCCGGACUACAUCCUUGGUAAUUCCAGGUUUGAAAUAGAUAUUGGAGGGAGAAGGGUAGCUGCAAAGGCUUCACUGCAACCUCCCAAGAUGCCAGUUGUGAAGAAGGAUGGCUUUGCUUCUUAUAGACCAAAGUCUAGGGGAAUUGUUGCAUAGAAAGUUGGAAUGAAGUUACAAUCAAAUAUACAUGUUGAAUCAUAAAAUUAAGUGUACAUAUUGUAAGGUUUCUUCUUAUUUCCAAUAAAAUGGAAAUUUAU